GACUAUUUAGAGGGGGAGAGUGAAGACUAGCCGAAAAGAUAUAAAACGCUCCGUUUUUUUCUCCUCUCUUGAUGUCUCUUCUCCUUCUCUACACACACUCUCCCUCUCCAAUCGUUCCCUGUAGAAAGACCAACGAACGAGAAUUCCAAAGACGAACAUAGAGCUCCCUCCGGAAAUCUAAACUCCCCUUUUUGAGCGUGCGUAACACUCGCUAAUCUCUCUUAAUUGAAAUUUUAUUUAAAAUUCUGCAACUCCUGGACCUCUCGAUCCCCAUUUGUUGGUGCCUUCCCAUCAGAGGACACAGCACUGAGAAACACUGCACCUUCAAAACGCGCCGUUUUGCCUCGGAAUUCAACUCCAUUGGAGAGGAAUGCAUUUGGAUUUUUGCUGGCAUGGCUUUCAAAAGUAUAGAAGAGAGCUGAAAGUUUCUCUGGACUAUCCAUCUGGUUAAUUUGUUUGGCACAUUACAAAUGGCUACAUCUCAUUUUCGAUUUUCCAGUUGUUGGUGAUUUGUUACAAUUCGUUACUUUGAUACUUGUUUAUUACUCCAUUUUCUUCUAAUUAGCUGGCUGAACUGAAUUUUCCUUGUGGAGUAUUGGUUUUAGAGUUUUUGUUUGUUGCCUUGCUAUAUGAGCGUUUGCUGUUAUUCUGCAUGAUUGUAUAACUGGUUGACGUAGGAACACAUUGGUUUAAGAUUUUGGACAAUGACAUUUAAGAUCAGUCUUCUGGUGGUCUUGUAAAUCUCAACUCUUGUUGAACUUAUAUGGAGCUGCUUGGAUGGUUGGCUGUCACUCAACUGUCUGUAUGGUACAGUAAUACAACUUAUGUUCCAAAAUACAGUUGAGGCGAAUUAAAAGGAGUAGGAACCUGUAUUCACUCUGUUUUUGUUUGACAUUCAAGUUUUUACCACCUCAGUUUUUUCAGAAGUACAAUUCAGAUGGUUGUUGGUUUAGCUAAUCUUGCCUUUUUAGGUUGAAUCUUCCCACACCAUAGAAUAUGGCUUGAGGAUAGGGGCUAUGAAACUAAAACAGAAUUUUCUUCUCCCCAAGUUCUAUGCAGGAAUAGGAUGACUUCUAUGGUCCACCAAAGAGUAGGAUUUUGCUGUAAACUUCAUUUGCUCAGUGUCAAUGGAAAUAAAUUGACAGCACAUGUUGGAAGUUUUCAUAGCUCGUGAACUCUUGCUUGUGCAUGUUGUUGCAGUUGACUAGCAUUGUGUAACUAAUCUAGAUUGGAAUAUGGAACCACCAUUUACUUGUGAUUGAGGCAUUUUGACUUUUAAGAUGUCAGCAUAAGCCUUCUUUGUUACAGGUAAUAUGGCUCUGCAGAAGUACAUUCCUUCGGGUGAUGCCCCUUCUGUUGGCAUGAAGCAUUCAAAUUUUUUUAGUAAGGUGCAUGAGAAUGCUCAACAUGCGGAUCUGGAGACAAAAGUGAAGCCUGAUGUGGAUAUUGACCUCAGAGAAGUUUACUUCUUAAUUAUGCAUUUUCUUUCAGCUGGGCCAUGUCGCAGAACAUGCGUACAAAUUUGGAAUGAACUUCUUGAACAUCAGCUUUUACCUAGAAGAUAUCAUGCUUGGUAUUCAAGGACUGGGGCACGUAAUGGGGAUGAAAAUGAUGAUGGCUUAUCCUUCCCAUUAAAUUACACUAAGUUGGUUGAGAGGUAUCCUCACAUUGAGAAUGAUCACUUGGUAAAGCUUUUGAAGCAGUUAUUACAUAAUGCAGCCUCCUCACCACAGGGCUUGAUUGGUGCUCCAAAUGCUGCUGAUGUUCCUACGCUUUUGGGAACAGGCUCAUUUUCACUUUUGAGCUAUGAUAGAGAUAAGGGACAAACUCACAUCAAGCAUCCCCCUACCCAUAUGCGAUGGCCUCAUAUGCGUGCUGAUCAGGUUCGUGGAUUGAGUUUGAGAGAAAUUGGGGGUGGUUUUUCAAGACACCACCGUGCACCAUCAAUCCGUGCAGCAUGCUAUGCUAUUGCAAAACCAUCAACUAUGGUACAAAAAAUGCAAAAUAUCAAGAAGCUGCGGGGACAUCGAAAUGCUGUCUAUUGUGCAAUUUUUGAUCGCUCAGGAAGAUAUGUCGUUACUGGUUCUGAUGAUCGCCUUGUAAAAAUCUGGUCCAUGGAAACUGCCUUUUGCUUGGCCAGCUGUCGUGGACAUGAAGGUGACAUUACUGACUUGGCUGUGAGUUCUAACAAUGCGUUGGUGGCUUCUGCUUCAAAUGAUUGUAUAAUUCGUGUGUGGCGUUUACCAGAUGGGCUUCCAAUAUCUGUUCUACGUGGACAUACUGGAGCUGUGACUGCCAUUGCAUUUAGUCCUAGGCCUGGAUCUGUAUACCAGCUUCUUUCCUCAUCUGAUGAUGGAACAUGUAGGAUCUGGGAUGCUAGAAAUUCCAACUUCAGUCCACGGAUAUAUAUUCCUAGGCCUUCAGACUCCAUAAGUGGAAAGAAUGGUGGUCCAUCUACAAGUAGUGGUCUGCAGAACCAUCAAAUAUUUUGUUGCGCGUUUAAUGCUAAUGGAACUGUAUUUGUCACUGGCAGCUCUGACAAUCUUGCUAGGGUGUGGAAUGCUUAUAAGCCGAACACAGAUGAUUCAGACCAACCAAAUCACGAGAUGGAUGUGUUAUCUGGCCAUGAGAAUGAUGUCAAUUAUGUUCAGUUUAGUGGCUGUGCUGUGGCAUCUAGGUUUUCUCUUUCAGACAGUUCAAAGGAAGAGAAUGCUCAAAAAUUUAGAAAUUCAUGGUUUUCCCAUGACAACAUAGUCACCUGUUCCCGAGAUGGCAGUGCAAUUAUUUGGAUUCCAAGAUCACGUAGAUCACAUGGGAAAGCUGGCCGGUGGAUUCGACAUUAUCACCUGAAAGUUCCUCCUCCACCAAUGCCUCCUCAACCUCCUCGAGGAGGUCCGCGUCAAAGAAUUCUACCAACUCCUCGUGGUGUGAAUAUGAUAGUGUGGAGCCUAGAUAACCGUUUUGUCCUUGCUGCUAUCAUGGAUUGCAGGAUUUGUGUUUGGAAUGCUGCUGAUGGUAGCUUAGUUCAUUCUUUGACUGGCCACACCGAUUCUACAUAUGUUCUGGAUGUUCAUCCUUUCAACCCACGAAUUGCCAUGAGUGCUGGAUAUGAUGGAAGAACUAUCGUGUGGGAUAUAUGGGAAGGCACACCUAUCCGCAUCUAUGAGAUUUCACAUUUCAAGUUAGUUGAUGGGAAGUUUUCACCGGAUGGGACGUCCAUUAUACUGUCAGAUGAUGUUGGUCAAUUAUAUAUAUUAAACACAGGCCAAGGUGAAUCCCAACAGGAUGCUAAAUAUGACCAGUUCUUCCUUGGUGAUUAUCGACCCCUGAUACAAGACACCUAUGGAAACAUAAUUGACCAGGAAUCUCAGCUUGUUCCAUACCGACGAAAUUUGCAGGAUCUCCUUUGUGACUCAGGAAUGAAUCCCUACCCAGAACCUUAUCAGAGCAUGUACCAGAAGAGAAGGUUAGGAGCUCUGAAUUUGGAGUGGAAGCCACCGUCUAUAAGACUUGCGGCUGGGCCUGACUUCAGUUUAGACCCAGACUAUCAGAUGAUGCCAUUGGCAGACUUGGAUGUAUUGGUUGAGCCGCUUCCCGAGUUUGUAGAUGCCAUGGAUUGGGAACCAGAAAAUGAAGUGCAGAGUGAUGAUAAUGAUUCAGAGUACAAUGUCACUGAGGAGUGUUCUACUGGGGGAGAGCAAGGAAGUUUAAAUUAUAAUUCCUCUGUUUAUCCAGAGUGCAGUACAGAAGACAGUGAGGUUGAGGGUAGGGAUGGCUUUCAUAGAUCUAAAAGGAAAAAACAGAAGGUUGAAAUUGAGAUAAUGACUUCUUCAGGGAGACGUGUUAAAAGGAAGAAUUUGGAUGAGUGUGAUGGCAAUAUAUUCAGAAGUAACCGAACUGGGAAAUCAAGAAUUGGCCGGAAAGCUUCAAAGAGGAAGUCUUCCACAUUGAAGGCUUUGAGACCUCAAAGAGCUGCUGCCCGCAAUGCUCUCACCUUGUUCUCAAAAAUUACAGGAACAGCUACAGAUGGAGAAUAUGAAAGCUCAGAAGGUGAUUCGUCAGAAAGUGACUCCACACUGCAACACUCAGACAUCCAGAGUGAUGAAUCAGAGAGAUCAUUGCAAAAUGAGCGAAAUGGGCACUUGAAAGGGAAAGAAGUUUCAUUAGAAGAGUCUGAAGAAUAUGUUAAAUCUCAUGAACUUCCUGAAUCUCAUAUGAAUGCUGGAAACAGAAGAUUGAUCCUUAAACUGCCAGUUCGAGAUCCAACUAAGAUUUUUAUGGCAGAUAUUAGAACACCUAAUGACAGUCAGGUUGAUUUAGUUGGCUCAUCAACCUAUAAAGGUCCACAGGAAGCCACUAAGGUAAAUAGGGUUCAUUUAAGAUCAAUAGAUUUGGGAUCCUCUUCUAGUCAUACGGACUGCAGCACAGGUAGAGGUAGAGGGCAAACAGAAAGCUAUCGUCUAGAUCUGUCAGAAGGAUACAAAAAUGGGGAUAUCAAAUGGGGAGGAGUCAGGGCUCGUACACCUAAGCGCCAGAGAUUUGGAGAAGCCAUGUCAUCAGCUGCACAUGCCAGAUUUAGUGUAGGUCUUGGUCAUAAAAAAGAGGAGAACAAUAUCAAUGGAUACUUUAAACCUCAGAAUACUUGCGGCACAACAUCCCCUUCUUUAGAAGUUCAAAAUUUUGUAGAUAAGAUGGAUGAAGUGGCAGCAAUGAAUGUGGGAGAUAUUGGGGCUGAUACCUCUGAGGUUGUGAAUAAUCUGGCCAAUGGUAAAGGGUGCCUCAGCUUUGAUGGAUGCAUGAAUUCUGAUGAAUUGCCAAAAUUGGCUCACAUGGUUAAUGAGAAUGACAACCCUCCUGAAUUCAAAGCGAGCAAUACACCUAUCUCAACAAAGUUAAGGAUAAAGUCAAGGAAAAUUUCAAGAGAUUUUUCAGAGGAUCAGGGAAAUAAGGGCUGUGAUUUAUUACCUGAUAGCCCCACCGAGAUGAAAGAGAAUCCAGUUUCAGAAGUGUCUGAACAGGACAGAACCAAUAGAAUUACACUAGCUAAUAGACAUGAUCGAUUUCAAGAAUCGGAUGCUCAGAUUGGUGAAGCUUUCGUGCCGCCAUUGGAAGACUCAAUUGGUUCCCAUUCACAUUCAAAAAAGAUGUAUAAUGUUGUUUAUAGAAGGUCAAAGUUAGGUAGAGAUAGAGCUAACUCUGAAGGUGAUAGUGGCAUGAGAGAAAGCAUUUCACAUGCUAGUACAGAUGAACAGUAUUCCAGAGGUGAAGAUACUGCUGAAGGAGCUUGUAGAAAGCAUAUUUUGGGCUCAGAGGCAACAGAUGAUCUGAUGAACCGUAGUAUCAUGUUGGGGCAGGAACAUGAAUCAGAGGAUGCAUAUAGAAAUGCUCAUAAUGGUUCCAUUAACAAAUGUCAACUUCCUGGUGAAGAAUGGGGAUCAAGCUCAAGGAUGACAGUUGGAUUAAGAUCUACUAGAAAUAGGAGAACCAGUUAUUAUUUCCGUGAUGCUAGUCCAGUAGAUAAAAGGAAGUCAAAUCAGUCUGCCAAAAGAGGGUCAUGGCUAAUGUUGUUGAUGCACGAGGGGGGCUCUCAUUAUAUUCCGCAGCAAGGGGAUGAAGUUGUAUAUCUAAGACAGGGACAUCAGGAGUACCUUGACUACUUUAAAUCAAAAGAUCCAGGCCCUUGGAAGUUGUUAAAGGGGAAAAUAAGGGCUGUAGAAUUCUGUAAAGUUGAGGGCCUCGAAUAUUCAACAGUACCAGGAUCUGGAGAUAGUUGCUGCAAAAUGAGACUUAAGUUUGUAGAUCCUACUUCUAAUGUGUUCCAGAAAUCAUUUAACUUAACUCUGCCUGAAAUGACAGGAUUCCCAGAUUUUCUUGUUGAAAGAACUCAGUUUGAUGCUGCUAUGCAAAGAAAUUGGACUUGCAGGGAUAAAUGUAAAGUGUGGUGGAAAAAUGAUGGUGAAGAAGAUGGCAGUUGGUGGGCUGGCCGGAUUCUGUCUGUAAAGCCAAAAUCUUCUGAGUUUCCAGACAGUCCAUGGGAGAGGUAUACUAUUCAAUACAGAAGCGACCCCAGAGAAACACAUCAACACAGUCCUUGGGAGCUUUUUGAAGAUGAUACUGAAUGGGAGCAGCCUCAUAUUGAUGAUGAGAUUAAAGACAAGCUAAUUUCUGCCUUGGCCAAAUUAGAGCAGUCUGGCAAAAAAAUACAGGUUCAGGAUUAUUAUGGUGUUGAGAAAUUAAUACAAGUGUCGCAGAAGAGCAAUUUUACAAACAGGUACCCAGUUCCUUUGUCUCUUGAAGUGAUCCAAUUAAGGUUAGAGAACAACUACUAUCGAACUCUGGAGGCAGUGAAACAUGACAUUGAAGUCAUGUUAUCAAAUGCAGAAUCCUACUUUGUGAAAAAUGCAGAGCUCUCUAUGAAAAUGAGACGCUUGUCAGAUUGGUUUGCGCGGACGUUAUCAUCUUUGUAGCGCCAAUAUGAUUUUUGUAGAGAAAUCAGCUGCUCCAUCUGGAAUGUUACUCUUUUUUUUUUUUCCCCUCCUUUUCUUUUGUAGAUAUUCUCUCUUUUCUUUCUAACUUAUUUUUAUCCCUUAGAUCCAAUUUUGGAAUUGGAUUGCUCUCUAUCUCUGGGAAAAUAGCUGAUUGCAGGGAAAAAAUUUUUUGGCUAGAAAGUUCAUUCUUGUAUAGACAUGGUUGGUCAGCUUCACCUUUAAUAAAUAACAAGAAAUACAGAUGCCAGGAUUUUAGAAA